GGCGGAUUUUGUUAUUGUUAGGUGGCGCAUAUGAGGUUGAAAAAGCAUUUUCGUUUUUCCUCCUCUUCCUUUUCUGGAUAUGGAGGAAGAUAGUGGAGGGGAAAUCGUGGAAGCAGUUAUCACAUGUGACGGUCAUAUUGACGAUCCCAGUUUUAAGAAGAACUUCGGAUCACUCCUGCGACGUUUGAAGAAGAGAAUCACCGGAGGUCUCGGGAUAGGGCCCGAUCUGGUGGUGACCAAGAUGGAGCCGUGGAACUCUGUGCGCGUGACGUUCAGUGUGCCGCGUGAGGCGGCGCUCCGGCUGCGACAGCUGGCGCAGCAGGGUGACGCCACGCUGCGCACGCUGGGCAUCCUCACCGUCCAGGUGGAGGGAGACCAGGUGAUCUCGCUCACGCUGGCCGGCCGCAACAACGGGCCGCCGCAGGAGAUCGUGCUGCGUACAGAGGAGGCGGGCUCGGCGUCGGCGCCGCAGCGCAGCCUGGCCGAGCUGAUGGCCGGCGGCGGCGGCGGCGGCGAGCGGGCGCCGGUGCCGGCCGCUGCGCCCGCGCCCGCGCCGCCCACCUUCCGCAGCCCCAACGUGGUAGCGCCGGUUAGCCAGCCGCUACCGUAUCCGGCGAAGCUGCAGCAGCGCACCAGCGCGGCGGCCACGUACCCAUUUAACAGCAUGUCGCACGCGGCCGCGGCCGCUCAGCAGCAGCAGACGGCGGUGCUGGCCAGUGGCGCGACGCGGGAGGCAACGCUCAAGGCCCCGGCCCUGAGCGCCUCCAGCAUGUCGAGCAUGGGCAGCCCGCUGCUGGUGAACCUGCUGAAGAACGAGGCGCCCUCAUCGGAGGCGCCGCACCACGUCGCGCACGGCGCGCAACCGGUGGGCAACGGCGGUCUGGUGCUGGUCAACAACGGGCCCACGCGGCCCGGCCAGCAGCCGACGCGCGUCUACUCGGCUCAGCUGCACCACGUGAAGCAGACGGCCGCCGCCACCUCCGCCACCUCCUCCCCGCCAGCGCCGCUGGCCAAGGCGCACCUCAGUCCUGGCUCCUCGCAGGGCGGCGCCGGAGCCGCGCACGCCUCAGGUAAGCCCCGCCAGCUCCUUAUCAACCCUCUGACCGGCCUGCUCGAGCCCAUGCCGACGAGCGACAGCAGCUCGGACAGCGAGCCGGAGCGCGCGCGCUCGCCGUUCCCUGACAACUCCAACUCCAUCUUCUCGGACGAGGAGUCGAACCAGAGCCUGCCCAACAUGUCCGACUCGGAGGCGAGCAAGCUGUCGCUGCUGAGCGGCGAGUCGGCCGGCCGGCGCGCCAGCCGCGGCGGCACGCCCAGUCCGCGUCCCGUCUCCACCAGCCCGGCCGCCGAGAAGAUCAAGCUGCGCCUCAAGCUGGAGCGCGCCGAGCCUGUCAGCCCGGUCAGCCCCACCUACAAGGUUGACGUGUCGUUCGCUCGCCGGCCCGACCGCGCCGCCGGCAACGGCGCCGCGCCCGCCGCGCCCGCCGCCGCCGCCGGCGAGGAACCGCGCGUGCCGCCGCUGCACAUCUCGCUGCGCGGACGCAACGCCGCCGUGGUGGUGUCGAAGGACGGCGGCGAGCGCGCCGUCGUCAAGUCCAAAGACAAACUGAAGCCCAAACUGAAGAGUACAAAGGACAAGGAGGACGCGCCCGCGGAUGCCUUACUGGCUGCGGUCGACGAAGGGCCGCUGAAAAUUAAGGUGAAGGACCCGGGCCUGAAGAGCAGGCCGAAGGAUAAGGACAAAUUGAAGCGUGCGAAGCGGAAGGAGGACAGCAGUGAUAAGGCGUUGAGUGUGAAAGUGGUGAAACCGUGCGAGAAGGACGCGACCAGCGGCGGGCCCAAAGAAUGUCGGGCGAACCACAUGUUUGGCCUCCACGACGACCUGGACCUGAAGCACAUCCCGCCGGUGCCGCCCGAGGACAUCUUCUCGCCGGACCCGUGGGAGUCGCCGCCGGCGCGCGCGGCCCCCGAGACCUGCGUGCACCCGAGCCCGGCGGCGCUGGAGGGCACGCUGCGCUCCGGCCGCGCCGAGGGCGACGCGCUCCGCAAGGAGGUGCUCACCCACUGUCUGGAGAAGAAGGUGAACGACGUAGGCGCUGCCACGUCGGCGUCGGCCGCGCGGCUAGGCGAGGCGCUGGGCGGCUCUCUGGCGCUCACCAAAGUGGAGGGCCUCGACAGCCCGUCGGUGACGCCCAAGGGCGACCCCAGUAAUGGCCAGGGCGAGGACUCGGGGAUCGAGUCGAUGGACACGCAGUCGGAGAAGAGUCCGAACCAGGAGGAGAGUCCCCACCGCAAGGAAGAACUGGACAGUGAAAAGCACGAACCGUCGUCCCAGGGCCAUAAAACUGAACCGCUUACGGACCAACCGUCGGAACGAGUGCCUUCCCGUACCUUCAAAACGGAGAGCAUACAAGUGACUGUAAAUACGCACAAUUCAGUUGAUAGUGUGUGUCCCGCUGCGAAUGUCGCGAGUGAAAAUCCCACCAGUGUUUCAGGUGACGAUAAAGUACAAGUUGUGAUUAGUGUAGGUAAACAGGAGGAGUCGGUCAUCUCCAACAGCUCAAACCCACCGGAGACGCGCGCCAAGGCGGCGGACGCGCCCAAGCCGCCGCCGGAGCCGUCGGCGCCGCCGGCCGACGCAGAGCCGGCGGUGGACAAGAGCGCGCCCGGUCACGCCCAGCGGGCCAACAUCAACAACAUCGUGGCCAAGCUGCAGCGCGGCAGCGACAAGCCGCCGGUGCCCGCCGGCCGCACCACGCCGCUGAACCUGCCGCCCGGUUCCAAGAUGCUGCCCAUCAAGCUGAUCAAGGCGCCGGUGCUGAGUCCGGCCGUGUCGGGCGAGGCGCCGCUGUCGGCCAUGCGGCGCAGCGACUCGAAGGAGCUGCCGCCCGACCUGGAGCAGCCGACGGCCGACGAGCCGGAGCUGCUGCGCGUCAAGCCGCCGCUCUACACGUACUCAAACCCGGAUAAGGCACGUGACCCGUCGACGGGCGGCGCCGACUCGGCCGAGCCGGACGACGCGGCCGACGCCGUCGCUGCCGCCGUCGACCCGUCCUGUCUGCUCAAGGAGAUCCUGCUGCACAAGGAGGCCGUCUCCAAGGUGGAGUCGGACCACUCCUACCUGAAGCCGAGCCGCAAGAGCCUCGAGGAGCUGUCCAUCCAGAUCCCCGAGGAAGGCGAAGAGAAGCGAACCACGCGCAGCACGCGCGCGCACUCGCGCCUGCACAGCCCGACCGUGGCCAGCCCGACGCCGGCGCGCGUGGCGCCGACGCCGGCGGCGGCGGCGCGGCGCGCCGACACGCCCGACGCCGGCGACGUGGCCGGCCCGGAGCGCUCGCGACGCCGCUGCUCGGAGAACGCGGCCGGCCUCAUCAAGGCGUGUAUGGGCAUGGACGAGCACCGCACGCGGCCCGGCACGCCCAACGCCACCGGCCGGCGCGAGGAGCCGGCGCGCCGCACCGCCAGGGCCGCCAAGAAAGAGGACAUGUCGGACGACGAGUCGGACCGGCGCUCGACGCGCAGCACGGACGAGCCGCGUCCCAACAGCCGCACCACGCCGCGCGCCAACCACGCCGGCGUCUCCUCGCCGGCGCCGACGCCGCCCGCGGCGGCGGCCGCUGCGGCAGCCGCCGCCGCCGUCAACAGCAGGACCGACGAGAAGCCCGGCCAGGAGCGGUGA